CCCCGUCAAAAAAGGAAAGAGAAAGACGAUGCCUGGUGCGAGCUCGCCCCCAUCGGUUCCCGUUCGCUGGGGCUGCGCGUCUGCUGCGGCAGCUGUCCCGGUGCCGUGGCUGCGAGCAGGCACGCGUAGCUGGGAACCAUGAGUCCCAGCUAGAUGAGCAGCCCCGGUUCCGGAAAGCAGGAGCACAGCGACGGUUUCCGGCCGCACAGCGACGAGGAGCCACUGGUGGUCCCAUUCUUGCAUCCGCAAGAAGGCAGCAGCGGAUCGAAGUCCGUGAGCUCAGUCGCUUUGCCGAAGGCGGCGUUCGAGUGUUCGGAGGCGUCCCCUUCGUCCUUCUCGGCCGCCGGGUCCCCGUGCUCCCAUCCGACGACGCCUUCGAUCCCCUCGCCACAGCUGAUAGUACUGCCCGACCACUGGAUCACUGAACGCGCCGACUUAGCGGAUCAAGGGACGUACUGUCUCGUGCCGAAGACCAGCGCCGAAUCGGUGAACGCGCAAAUCAGCAACGGAGAACGGGCCCCGUCGCUGCUUCUGGUCCCCAAGUCCAGCGAUGAGGUCCUCGCGGCCCUAAGCGACGACCAGCAGCCGCCUCAGGUGCCGCACUUCAGCGAUGACCGCCACUUCAGUAGCGUGAGUCUCGGGUACCGCUCCAACGACCAGGCCGAUAUCGUCAGCGGCCAACCACAAGACAAGCGAAGCCAACGAUUCUUCGAAGACAUGGCGAAGAAGCCGUCGACGAGCUCCCUGGAUCGGUCGGACAUCGUCGACUUCGUCGUCGACAACCGGACAACCGAGGAGACCAGGGCCAUCUACAACAGCUGGGCGUCCAACUACGAGGAGGACAUGACUCUGCAGAAGUACAAGGCCCCGAGCAUCAUGGCUCACUUCAUGAACCAGGAACUGCAGGUCAAGAAGGACGCCGUCAUUCUGGACGUCGGAAGCGGAACUGGGCUGCUCGGGGUGCAGCUGAAGAACCUCGGCUACAGCUACAUGGACGCCCUGGACUACAGCGAGGAGAUGAUGAGCGAAGCGAAGAAGAAGCGUCUCUACAAGCGACACUUCCUCGAGAAGGUCUCCAAGAACAACAAGCUCUCCCUCAGGGACGCCGAGUACGAUGUGGUGGUCCUGUGCGGCUGCCUCAUGCCCGGCCACAUCAUGCCUGACGCUCUUGCUGAGGUGGCCAGACUCCUGAAGCCCAACGGCCGCCUGAUGUGGAUCCACCGCACGCUGGACCACUACGAGAGCAAGUCGGAGCAGUUCCUGGAGACGCGCUUCACCGGCACCCUGCAGGCGCUGUGUCGCCAGUUCCGCAUGGAGAUCGCCGUCCGCAAGAAGGUCCAGGAGUACCGGCUCAAGUGCGACGGCCAGAUCUUCGCUCUCAAGAAGAAAUGAAGGAGCGACGUCGUUUCCGCGAGUUCACGUCUCCUACGCGAGCCCCUGGUGCUUGGAAGGAAGAAAAGGCUCGAUCGUAUACUCUCUUAGAGAACGCCCCAGACGGGGCGGAAGCCGGCUGCUCUCCUGGCUUGAAUGCGGCCUAGAGUGCGUCUCUCUUUCUAGUUUUACGCGCUCAAAUUGAAACUGCCAAAGAAAGUCGGCCAUGAACACGUAGAAUAAAAUAUGCGCUCCAGAUACAUACAUGCGUUGUUCCGGUGCUCCUAGUAUCAUACACGCAGAAUAUCAAGGAACACAA